UCCUCUGAAACAACGCCUUGCAUUGAUCGAAUAGCUGACAGACAUACAGACUGACAAACUAGUACACAGGCUAUUCGCCGGCACGCCGACCCCCCUUGUGCAACCGAAGAAUCAGUAGAAGUUAUUCGAGGUUCGCUUGGGGCUACGCGUCUCCUGCCUACUAUCUCGGAUAUACAUACUACCUAGUUACAAGCAAGCUCAUACAUACAUACGUAAAGAUACACGCGGGUGCUUGGAAGAUGCAUCAUAUCUCGUAUCUAUCCGAGCCCGCGAGCCGGUACACGUGGAAGCCGCUACGCAGCGCCCAGCUACCGUCCGCUGGGCUGGAGAACGAGAGGCCCGUCGACGUGGUCCUCUACCUGCGCGGCGUGACGAAGCGGCGCAAUGAGACCAUCAGCGCCCUCGUCCGUCGCCUCAACCCGGCCACCUUUGCCACGCAGCUGAUCUCCGAGCCCAUCACCGCCGCGCCCAGCGUAGGCGGGAACACCCAAAACAACCGCCCCGUCCCCGUCCCCGUCUACGGCAACGAAGACGCGCGGAAGCUAUUUACCGAGUUCGACGACGUCAUCGACUUGGCGCGCUACCUCCGCGGCGGCGCCGACGACGAAUCGCGCAAGGAGCGCUAUACCGCCGCGUUCGGCCCCCAGGUCACCGGCCACAUGUCCCUCAACGCGCUCAUCGAUAUGACGCUCGAGUUCGCCCAGAGGUACAUCGCCAUCCGCUUCCGGACCCUGACCACGAACAUCACCCGCGACGUCACCACCGACCACGACUUCCGACGGUCGAUCGGGGGGAGAGACUUGAUCAACAUGAUGGUCCACGAGCCGGUCCUAGAGGAAGACAUGCUGUGGACCAACGCCUCCCACAUACACCAAAAUCUUGACAUGUUCCAAGACACCAGGCCUGCCACCGUGACCUAUUUUCAGUCUUGGUACCGCAUGACCAUAAAUGAAGCGAACACGCUCGUACGCUUCGCGAGAGAGAGGGCGCAGGACGGCUCCCGCACCGAAGUGGGAUACAGGUUUGGCUGGAUCGUGAACUUCAUCAACAAAUUCCUUUCGUGGAGGAGUCAGCUCCUCGACUAUAUCGGCCGAUCGAAAGGGCCCGCCGGAAACACCUGGGACCCGCAGGGACAACACCGGGAAGCAAACAUAGGAUUCCACCGCGGCUUGUGGCAACAGCACGGCGGCACACGGAUCGACGCGGCAUUUGAAUACUUCCUCAUAGCCGUCUUCCAGGUCGUCGCUACGCUCCAGGGAGGGCGCCCGACGAGUGUGAGCUGGACUCGAGUCGAAGCCGAGGUACGCGGAUUCUGCGAGGUGGCUUCGUUGGAGAUGGUGACGUCCUCUCUUCGGGGGAGGCCAGGAGUCGUGAGCCAGCUGCAGGCGGCCGGAUUCCCAGGCAAUUUUCGGACCAUGGAUUCGAGGUACAGCGUCCCGAGACCCGAGAUACCCUUCGAGUGGAUCCCCCCGGUGCGUCCCAUACCGCAGAACAGGACGAUCCCGACCUUGGAUGGAAGAUACAUUACUCAAGUGAUAGAGAAGUUUCAACCGCGACCCGCGGGUCCGGGUGCCGAUACUGACACCGAUGCAUCCCGCGCUGGCACUAGGCGAAUCGGCCGCGGCCACCGGCCGGGGGCCAGACUGGCGCAGACGGUGCGCUGGAACGACGAGGAGGAUCUGCUCUCCUCCUCCGAGGAAGAUUUCGAGUACGACUAUGACGAGGCGUAUAGGAUGGCCGAUGAACUUCGGGACUACGUCUCCCGUCUGUAUGAGUUACAAUUUAAAGGAGGGCUCAAGAGGUCAGGAGCUGCUAUUGCUACCGAAGACCUGGAGGCUCCCGCCGCGAAGAAGAGGCAGAUAAUAGGCUAGGAGCAUUGUCUAGCCUGGCAUUGGAAUUUAGGAUAGUUAGGGAGGGUUAACCAAGUCUUGUUUUCGCAACUACGGACGCAUCUCUCGUUGCAUUUCUCAUCCCUUACUCAUAGAAGACGACCACGAUAUAUUUUGAUAGGGGCUUAACAUAGGCGGGUCGUACUACGCAAGGGGUGGUGGUGUCUUUGUUUUUUCGUAGGUAUAAGAAACAUAAAAAAUAAAAGGAAAGCUAAGGAGAAGGUGGGAGGGAAGUGGGGGGAAGUGGGUAUGGUAGUAUUCUGUUUCGGAGAUGCAUCGAGGGAGGGAAUUCAGAUGAAGAGGGAUAGGAAUAGAAGCCGGCGGAAGGCAAGCG